CUAUACAAAUUUGAUUGGAAUGCAUUAGGGAGAGAGAAAAGAAAAAAAAAAAAAAAACAAAAAAACAAAAUUCAUUCCAUUACCAGUUACCACCAAUGUACAGACAGGAUCCAAUUGCUGCAUUUAAGAACCCCCACCCACGCUUACAAAAAACGAACAAACAGCCGAGAAAACCACUUUGACGGAUCGGAGAAAAAAAAAAACAUGGCAGUUGCAAGCGAGAAAUUGGUGCCGGAGGGAAAAGUUUGGACUCUAUACAAACUGCCAUUUUGGCAUUCAACCAAUUCUGCAGCUUCUUCUUCUUCUUCUUCUUUCAGGAAGCAGCACGAUAAUGUCUUGGCAGGUGAUCAUCAGCCCAGUAUUCUUCACAACACCGCCACUUCUAAAGUCUCUUCCAUGAGCAUCAAGUCUUUUCUUCCCACUCGUCGCAGGCUCAGUCUUGAUCCCUCCAACAAGCUCUAUUUUCCCUAUGAACCUGGGAAACAAGUCAGGAGUGCAAUCAAAAUCAAGAAUGUCACCAAGGCUCAUGUUGCCUUUAAGUUCCAAACGACUGCACCAAAAAGUUGUUACAUGCGUCCACCAGGGGGUAUACUUGCUCCCGAUGAAAGUAUUAUUGCUACAGUUUUCAAAUUUGUGGAGCCUCCUGAGAAUAAUGAGAAACCAGUUGGUAUGAAGAGCAGCGUGAAGUUCAAGAUCAUGAGCCUAAAAGUAAAAGGGGAUAUGGACUACGCUGCAGAGCUGUUUGAUGAACAAAAGGAUGAGGUAGCAGUUGAACAGAUACUAAGAGUAAUCUUCCUUGACGCAGAGCAUCCUUGCCCUGCAUUAGAGAAACUUAAUCAUCAACUGGCUGAGGCAGAGGCGGAGCUUGAAGCACGCAAAAAGCCACCACAAGACAAUGGUCCCAAAAUAGUUGGAGAAGGUCAUGUUAUAGAUGAAUGGAAAGAAAGGAGGGAAAGAUAUCUAGCUCGACAACAGGUUGAUGAUGGGAUGAUUUCUACUGGAAAUGUAUACAAAGCUUAUUUUGCUUUGGCAGAGAAAGCCAUCCCUUAACAUGAUAUCAGAACCAGUCUAAUGCAUGCCUUUAAGGUGUAUAUAUAACUUUGCAUCAUUUCUCUGGCACAACUAUGAACAUUUAAAGUGAUUCCAUGUUUGAAGCCAAUCUGGAUUUGAUGUUGAAGGGAGCUUUUGUUGUCAUGGUAUCAUUGCUACUGAUUAACAUUGUAUGAUUUUGUCCUCCAUUUUUGUAUAAGGUAAGGAUUAUACAUUCACAGUAGAGGAAUGGUUUAUUUUUGUCAAAAAAGUGAAGUCUCUUUCUGAUAUUUGGUGAACAAUAUUAUACUUUAUAAGGGCCAAGUGGCAAUAUUUACUCUAGUUAAAGGUGUAGGUGGGCACCCUUCUUCAAUGAUAAGCUAUUAUGCUGCUUUUCUUUC